CAGGCCGCCAACAAGCAUAUGUCUGUGAAAACUUCAAAGGCAGGAGCAGAGAGUAGACCAUCCUCUGCUGUCAGCAGUCUAAAUCCGUCGUACCUUCCUCAACAGGAUGGUCCAACCACAUGACAAGCCACAAAUUCAGGCAUGUCUCCACGAGUGGGAAGGGGAGCGUCGGCUGCCAGAUCGGCUGCUACUGGGAGAUUCAAAAACAAGGCCCUUCAGCUCAGCCUAUCUAAGAAAUUCUGCUCAAAGUCGCCCUUGGCCCAAGGGAAGGGCUCUGGUAGUGAGGACGAGACUCGUCGCAGCGGGAGAAGGAGCCUCAGCAACAGCUCGACUGUGGCUGCUGCCUACAUCUCCUAUCUCAAUAAGCUCUUUGGACAGGAGAGAGAGCUGAUGCCAGAGGAGUUAGAUGAGCUGCAGGAGGCCUUUAAGGAAUUUGACUACGACGCGGAUGGCUUCAUCCAUUACAAAGACAUCGCAGACUGCAUGAGGACUAUGGGCUACAUGCCUACAGAGAUGGAGCUCAUCGAGAUCAUCCAGCAAAUCAAGAUGAAAUGGGGUGGUCAUGUAGACUUUGAUGAUUUCUGUGAGCUAAUGGGGCCAAGGAUGCUGGCUGAGACGGCUCAUAUGGUCGGGCUGAAGGAGCUCCGCUGUGCCUUCAAACAGUUUGACUGUGAUGGCGAUGGAAAGAUCACGAUUGAUGAGCUAAAGGAGGGCACAAAGACCCUUCUGGGGGAGAAGCUGAAGAAAGGCGAGCUGGAGGAGAUCCUCUCUGACAUUGACCUCAACAAAGACGGCAACAUUGACUUUGAUGAGUUUGUUAUGAUGCUUUCUGCACGAUGACCUCUGAUGGAAUAAGAUGGAGCAUGCAACACUGGACUUGUGGUGUAGGCUACCAACUCAUCAACACUGGCUACUUCCUGCUGUGUAAUUCUUUUUCUGUGACAUUCCAUAUUUGAAAUGUCUGAUUGUAAAAAGAGAUCUGUGUAUAUUCU